UACUCUACUCAAGUAUUUAAAUUAAUGGAGUCUAUCGUUGACAUGAUCCCCGUCUCUGAGAAAUCCAACGCAACAAUUCUGGGCGUCGGCACUGCUAAUCCCCCUACAUUUGUGGAUCAAAACACCCUCCCUGAUUACUACUUCAGGAUCACAAAAAGCGAGCACUUGGUUGACCUCAAGCCAAAAUUUGCUAGAAUGUGCAAAAGCUCAAUGAUCGACAGACGAUACACGACCAUCACAGAGGAGGUCCUAAACGAACACCCCUCCAUCGGCGCAUACAACGCCCCUUCACUCAACAUUCGCCAAGAACUCCUCGACAUCAUAAUCCCGCAACUCGGCGCAGAAGCGGCGAGCAAAGCGAUCGCCGAGGGCCGGCCUCUCUCUGACAUCACCCACCUCGUGUUCUGCAACAGCAGCGGCGCUUCCAUGCCCGGAGCCGACUACGAGCUCAUCAAAAUCCUCGGCCUCCCUCUCUCCACCAAACGCUUCAUGCUCUACCAACAGGGCUGCUUUGGUGGUGGCAGUGUCCUUCGCCUCGCCAAGGACUUGGCCGAGAACAACCCCGGUGCUCGUGUGCUCGUCGUGUGUUCGGAGCCCAUCACUAACGGGUUUCGUGGCCCAUCGAAGGACCACUUGCAGAACUUAGUUACACAAGCUUUGUUUAGUGAUGGUGCGGCUUCAGUCAUCGUCGGUGCGAACCCGAUGCCUGAAAUCGAGCAUCCCUUGUUCGAGAUCGUCUGGACGUCGCAGAAUAUAAUCGAAGGAUCAGACGGUAAAAUUGUAGGUAAACUGAGAGAAUCCGGUCUGAUGAUCAGCUUGCAGCCUGAGAUUCCACUACUCAUCGCCGGAAGCAUGGGAAAGAUUGUGAAGGAAGCGAUCGGAAACACAGGAGUCGACGCUGUGAAUGACGUUUUCUGGAUGGUGCAUCCUGGCGGAAGAGCUAUACUGGAUGCGGUGGAGAUGGUGCUGGGAGUGAAGAAGGAGAAGUUUGCGGCGACGAGGGAGGUGCUGAGGGAGUACGGGAAUAUGUCGAGCGCUUCGGUGUUGUUCGUGAUGGAGACGAUGAGGAGGAAGUCAGAGGAGAAGAAGAUGGCCACUGCGGGUGAGGGAUUGGAAUGGGGUUUGCUUGUUGGAUUUGGACCUGGGAUUACAGUUGAAACUGUUGUACUUCGUUGCCCAUAGAUUAAUUACUGAAUUUGUCGUUGUUGAGUGUGCUUUGAUCACGUAACAGUUGCAUGCACGAAGCUAAAAUAAAUGUCGCAGAUUGUGCUCCCUUUUGAUUUUUAUGGAAUAAGGUU